AUGUCCGAAGAACAAGUAAACGGCUUGGGAGAUGUGUUGACGAAGAUAAUUACAACCUUUAUCGACAAACCAAAUCAGAUUGUGGGGGAACUGAAUCUAGAAGAAGCGAGUAAAACUUCGUCAAUUGAACCAACACCAACCAUGCCAGCUCAGCCACUAGAUUCUGCAUUGGAGUUGCGAACAAUGGUCAACGAAUGCGUCCGCGAGGUGAUUGAGCAGCUCUUUAAAUCAGGCUCUCUGGUCAGCUAUGAUUCCCAACGGGUUCAUAAUACUAUUGGUCAAAUGAGCGCUCAGGCUGUUCGGCCCAUGAUCGACUACUCUCAAACCACAAAUAUUCCCAUGAUCGAAGAGAUCGAAAAGCCAGUACGUACAGUAGCACGCGAACCUCGAGGUCCGGGACAGUGGGAUCAAGUCGAACAACGCCUGCUUCAAGUCUGGAGCGAAUUAUUACAGAUAUCCCCAGAUUCAAUUGGGACUGAUGACAACUUCUUUGAACUCGGUGGAGACUCUAUUGUCGCCAUGCAAAUGGUAGGCGCUGCCCGAGACGAUGAUCUCGCCUUGACCGUGGCUACAAUAUUCAAAUACCCCACGUUUGCAGAUAUGGCAGCAGUUCUUCGGGCGAAUGCAUCACAAGUUGUUCAAAACACCAGUAAUACCUGGGGAGAGAAUGAGGCACGCGAAGCGAGGAGUCAGGCCAUUCAAAAUGCGAUGUAUCAACGGUAUUCUCUACUCGAGGCGGCCAAUGUUGAUGCCUUCUUACAGGAGAAUAUCUGUCCAAAAGUCAGAGCUUUCCGUGGCGGUAUUGCCGAUGUCUUCCCAGUCACUGACUUUCAAGCCUUGGCCGUAACGGGCACGCUUAUGUCGUCAAAAUGGAUGCUUAAUUACUUCUAUCUCGAAGGGGAAGGCUCUUUAGAUUUGAGGAGAUUAAAGGACGUCAUCUCGCAAGUCGUAGCGUCUUUUGAUAUCCUCCGCACAGUCUUCGUCCCAUAUGGUAACCGCUUCUUCCAGGUAGUGCUUCGAAAGCUUCAACCAACUUUUUCAGUUCACGACACUGAUGAUCUUUCCGAAUUCACCAGUUCAUUGCAGGAUAAAGACCGAGAAUGUGGCCCAAGACCUGGAGAAUCAUACCUCCAAUUCGCCGUUGCCAAGCAAAGGGGGAGUGACAAGCACCGUAUAAUCAUGAGACUCUCUCACGCGCAGUAUGAUGGACUUUGUCUGCCCAGGAUUCUUGGGGCCUUGCAAGCAGGAUUCAGAGGGGCCGAAAUUGCUUCAACUCCUCCAUUCUCCACAUAUGUGCGAGACUCUGUCAGAACGACGACCGAUGAUCAUUACUUGUAUUGGAAAGACCUUAUGAGGGGCUCAUCUAUGACUGAAGUUGUGCAACGCCGUGGACCAAACUAUAACCGCGGAAACGAGGCGCCAAUAAUUCUCAAGAGGACAGUUGAAUUUAACUCACUGGCCUCCCAAAGAAUUACAUCAGCAACGGUUAUCAAAGCCGCAUGGUCGCUCGUUCUUGCCCAACUUGCUGGAUCUUCGGACAUCGUUUUCGGUAACGUCAUCAGCGGGCGCAAUGCAGCUGUGGUUGGGGUAGAAAGCAUAAUCGGCCCUUGUGUCAACCUAAUACCAGUCAGAGUGAGCUUCAAGGAUGGCUGGAAGAUUAUGGAUCUUCUCAAACACAUUCAAGACCAGCAAGUCGCCAACAUGCCCUACGAGUCACUUGGCUUCCGUGAAAUCAUCAAGCAUUGCACGGACUGGCCCGACUGGAUGAACUUUUCUACUGUGUGCCAGCAUCAGAAUAUUGAAAAGCAAACGGGAAUGGAGUUAGCCGGUAACGAGUAUACCCUAGGCGCCAUAGGUAGUCAGGAAGAUCUCGCGGAUCUGACCGUCCUCUCUACACCCCAAGGAGAUGACAGCAUCGAAAUCAGUUUGGUCUUCACAUCAAACACCGGAGUUACUCUUGCUCUCGCCAACCAACUUUUUGAAUCGCUCUGCGAAAUCGCCAUCACCUUCACUACAGACUCGAUGGCCCCGCUCCCAAAGCCCACCGUAUUAUCUGCACUGUUAAAUCGAACUCUGAGACAAGAUAUCGCGACGAUGAAUCCCGAAUACCGUGCAAACCUCAACAAUCUCAGUCACGAAGAAGUCACGAAGUACUCCGCUUUUCUUCGCAAUGCCUGGGGGCAGAUCCUUUGGAAUAAAGAUGCUGCGUUACCUAAUAUUACUCUCGAAUCAUCCUUCUAUGACCUCGGUGGCGAUAUCAUCGGUCUUGCACAAUUGAGCUCGUUGCUAGAUAGCGAGGGUUACCAGAUGAGAGUUGAGGAGCUCGUUGAUUGCCCCGUAUUUGGCGAGCAGGUUGCAUUGGUGGCAUUGGUUGCUAAAACUAAGCGAGAUAUGGUUGAAAAUGAGUUGAGGGAAAUGAGGGCUCCAGCCUUUGAGGCUGAGACAAAGAAAAAGGGCGGCUUCGGGAAAGCGUUAGGAAAGAGCGUUUGGGGUUUGAGGAAUGGCAUUAAGAAGCUACGGAAGGCCUAG